UACCUUUCAUCUUUAAAAGAGAAGAAUCCGUUUGUAGAGGAGCCAAACGCCAGAGGAGCUUCUCCUGCGCCCAGGGCAGCUAAGAACGUGAUCCGCGGUGUAUCGCCAGCGCCACCUUCCCAUGGCAUCUGGACCCAGCAUGAUGAAUCCCAUCUGUCUGGUGAAAAGACAGAACAGCCAGAUGACAGUAAAUCCAAAUGCACUGAAGAUUCUCGAGCAGAUAUCUCAGCCUGUGGUGGUGGUGGCCAUUGUAGGGCCAUAUCGGACGGGAAAGUCCUACUUGAUGAACCGCCUGGUGGGACAGAACCAUGGUUUCUCUCUGGGCUCCACGGUGAGGUCUGAAACGAAGGGCAUCUGGAUGUGGUGCGUGCCCCACCCCUCCAAGGAGAGCCACGCCCUGGUCCUUCUGGACACCGAGGGCCUGGGUGAUGUGGAGAAGGGUGACUCUAAGAGUGACUUGUGGACUUUCGCCCUGGCCGUGCUUCUGAGCAGCUGCUUUGUCUACAACAGCAUGAGCACCAUCAACCACCAGGCCCUGGAGCAGCUGCACUACGUGACCGAACUCACAAAUCUGAUCAGGACAAAAUCCCUGUGCAGCUCUGAUGAUGGAGAGGACUCAGCCGAUUUUGUGAGAUUCUUUCCAGACUUCAUUUGGACUGUACGGGAUUUCACACUGGAGCUGGAGUUAGAUGGAUGCCCCAUCACUGAAGAUGAGUACCUGGAGAAUGCCUUGAGGUUGAUUCCAGGCAAGGAUCCCCAAGUCCAACAUUCCAACAUGCCCAGAGAGAUGAUCAGGAGUUUCUUUCCAAAACGGAAGUGCUUUGUCUUUGACCGGCCUGUCAGAGACAGAAAACUACUAGUCUGUAUUGAGGACGUGCCAGAUGACCAACUGGAUGAGAGUUUUCAGAUGCAGUGCCAGGAUUUCUGUUCCUAUGUCUUCACCCACGCAAAAGCCAAGACCCUAGGAGAGGGGAUCACGGUCACUGGGGGAGGGCUGGGGACACUGGUAGUGGCCUAUGUGGACACCAUCAACAGUGGGGCAGUUCCUUGUUUGGAGAACGCAGUGAUGACUCUGGCAGAGCGUGAGAACUCAGUGGCCGUGGAGAAGGCAGCCGCCCACUACAGCGAGCAGAUGGCCCAGCGCGUGACCCUCCCCACGGACACGCUGCAGGGGCUGCUGGAUGUGCACGCGGCCUGCGAGAGGGAAGCCAUCGCAGUCUUCAUGGAGCACUCCUUCAAGGAUGACAAGCGGGAGUUCCAGAAGAAGCUUGUGGGCACCAUCCAGAAAAAGAAGGAAGAAUUCUUGGUGCAGAAUGAAGAGGCCUCUGUCAAAUACUGUCAGGCUGAGCUUCAGAAGCUUUCAGAGCCCUUGACUGAACAUUGUUUGAAAGGAACUUUCUUUGCUCCUGGAGGACACAAGCUUUACUUAGAAGCAAGGGACAAGCUGGAACAGGGCUAUAUGCUGGUGCCCAGGAAAGGAGUCAAGGCAAACGAGGUCCUGCAGAGCUUCCUGCAGUCCCAAGCAGGAGUGGAGGAAGCCAUCCUGCAGGCAGACAAAGCCCUCACUGAUGGGGAGAAGGCUGUGGCAGUCGAACGUGCCAAGAAGCAGGCAGCUGAGAGGAAGCAAGAAUUACUAAAGGAGAAACAGAAUGAGGAAGAGCAAAAACUGGCAAUGCAGGAGCAAAGCCUCAAGGAAAACCUAGCACAGCUGGAAGAGAAGAUGGAUAGAGAGAGAGAAGACCUUCUGAGACAGCAGGAGAGGGUCCUGGAGCACAAGCUGAAGACACAAGAAGAACUACUUAGAGACGGAUUUAAAAAGAAUUCUGAGGCGUUAACUAGUGAAAUAAGUAAACUAAAAGAAGACAUUGAAACAACCAAAAACAAUUACCCCUUCAAGAUGUCAGAGGCCCUUGAUGCGGCGAGCAUCACCUUAGUUGCAGUGCUACCCGGGCCUUAUAAAGCAGCUGGUUUGGGGCUGAAAAUGCUCAGUGAGGCUCUUAAAAGGUCUGAGAACUCCUCUUAAGUAUAUUUUGGAAGAUUUCUUAUGUUUGAAUAGAGUAACAGUGUAGCUCAUUUAAAAAAUAUGUGUCAUGGUAGUUUUGUUCAAGGAAAGUUUAAACAUAAAAAAUGAUUACCAAAGAGUUACCAAAGUGAUUACCAGGGCCUGAUGUCAAAAAGAACGAAAAAAUGGAUUGAAUUAGUUAAUUUGAAGAAAUAGGAAAAAAGUGGAAAGAUGAUGAAUUAGAGAAAAGUUUUCAGAAAAGCAAAACAACAAACAGUAAGAGGAAUUAUGUUCACCGUCGGUGAUACCAGCAUGGAGGUCACCUUUUUAAACUAUAGCAGUCCCUGAAGACUCAGUGAGGAGAGAGCAAAAUCCACAUUUUUUAAAAUCAGCAAAAAUAUAUGAAGAGAAUAAAAGUGUUUAACUUCACUGACUCUGAAAAAUGUGCAAAGUAAAACUAGGAAGUUCCUGUGUCACCUCUCAGAUGGGCCAGAAAGACCUGGGUGGCCAGGACACUGGCAGGCAAGGGUUCCAGGAAACCGGCAGUGUCUGAUCUCCGCCAGGGAGAAUGCCCACGGUGUAAAUGUACAUCCAGCUUUUAAAUGCAAAUACUGUUGAUCCAGCAAGACAGCAUUUGGGAAUUCAUUUCACAGAUUUAUUGACCCAAAUGGAAAAUGGCAUAUGUAGUAGUCUGUUUGUUGCAAGACUGUUGAAAUUCCACAAGACUAGAAACAACUUUCAUGGCCUGUCACAUACUGGGGAGGUCAGUCCUCAGACACUCCUACAAAAGACCACUCUGCACUCACUGAAAUGAAAGAGGAGCUCUAUUUGUGCUAACAUGGGGAAAUCUCCAAGUUGUGUCUAUCCUCAGUGAAAAAUAAAGAUGCAGAAAGUGUG